AUGAGAUUAAAUCUGCUUUUUGUAGCGUUCACCUUUGGUAUCUUGAUUGGCAGCGUGACUGCUACUAAUGGUGACAAUAGACAACUUUUCAAAAGACAACAAUCAAAAAUUUGCGCUAAUGGUCAAUGCGCAGAUUCGGAUAAACGACCUUUUAAUGCUUCGUGUCUCGUUGAUAAUGCAUGCGCAGGCGAUUUUUGUAGGACUUUUGCUGAUGGUCGGCGAGGAUGUACUCGUACCUCAGGAGAAAAGUGUAAUGCUGAUGAAGAAUGCCCAGGAAGUGUUUGCUCACAAAACUCAACGACAUGUGUAGAUGCCGAUAACCGCGCUCCUGGGCAACGUUGCAUUUAUUUGGCAGCGUGUGCAAGUGGCCGUUGUGAUUUUACUUCUGGAAAAGGAAUAUGUGCCCAGAACAAUGGAGGACAAUGCAAUAAUGAUACCGACUACACGGAUAAUCGUAAAGGGGGAGACCCUUGCGAACUUAGAAAAUGCACCCUGAGCAAUGGGGAAAAAUGCAAAGACGAUAACGAUUGUGUCUCUUUAGUUUACGGUCAAAAAACGCAGGUGUGUCAAGAUGAUGAUGAUCGUAAAGGGGGGGACCCUUGCGAAACUUUUAUGGCAUGUAAAAAUCGAGCCUGUCAUAAGCCUAUAGGAGGCAGAUGGACAUGUCCUUUACGACCAAACUAUGGGCAAAGAUGCGGUUACGAUAGCGAUUGCGACUAUUCUGUUUGCGGUCAAACAACUCACAAGUGUCGAUAUAAUGAUAAUCGUGAUGUUGGAAGCUUUUGCGAAUCUCCUAACGCGUGUAAAUCUGGGAAUUGUGAUAAUAUAAGAGUAAGAAGAGGAAAAUGUGCGCCGCCAAUUGAAUUUUUGUGA